AUGAGCUCACGUCGCCGGGAUGGGGAUAGUGAUGAUGAUGAUGAGUGGCGACGGCGGCGCCACCGCAGUGACGACGACGAGCGGGAUGGAAGAGAGGGUGAUGUGCUGAAGGACGACAGCCGGCGCCGCCACAGCAAGAAGAGCAAGAAGAAACACAAGAAGCGCAGCCGCAAGUACAGCAGUGACGAGGACUCAUCAUCGCAUGGCAGCAGCGAUGAAGACGGCGACAGACGUGAUCGCGGUCGGCGCCGCGGCGGCCGCCGUUCACGAUCUCGAUCCAGGUCCAGGUCUCGCACUCGUUCAAGGUCGCGUACGCGCUCGCCAGACCGACGCCGACGGCACCGCCGCUACAGUGAUGAUGGCAACAACGACAACAACGACAACAACGACUACCGCAGGGGCGGCCGACGGGACCGCCACCGCCGCGACGACAGGCGCGACGAUGAGGAGGCCCGCAGGCGGCUGCUGGAAAUGAAGCGGCGCGAGCGCGAGCUUCGCAAGCAGGAGAAGCAGCGCAUGAAGAUGACGGAGACGCCCGAGGAGAAGCGUGCACGGCGCUUGGCGAAGAAGGAGCGCAAGGCCGAGCGAAAGAAGGCCAAGCUUGCCCAGGGUGGUUUGGACGUCGUUCAGGGUGCCGAGGAGUCUGGCCGCUUUGUGUGGCACAAGAAGGUGGAGGCCGCAGAGGAGCAGGGCAUGUCGCGGGAGGAGCUUGCCCGUCUUGAACGCGAGCGUGCGGAGGAGAACCAGCGCGAGAUUGAGCAGAUCAAGCGGCGACGCGAGCAGGCCGAGAUCGACCGAGAGCAGCGCAUGCGCGAGCGCGACCAGAUGCUGCGCGCGCAAGACGACGCCCAGUUUGGCGAGUGGGCUGACCAAGAGGAGCUGUUUGUGCUGAAGCAGGCCCGCCUUCGCUCGGAGCUCCGCCUGCGUGCGGGGCGAGCAAAGCCCGUUGAUCUCCUGGCCAAGUACAUCCACACGGACCGCGACGACCCGGAUAUUGACCAGCACGAGCCGUACACCAUCUUCGACACCAUGUCGCUGGAGGCGUGCGAGGCGCUGAAGGAAGACAUCAAGGUGUACCUGCGGCUGGAAGGGCACAUGGAGGAGAACAGGGCGUUUUGGGAGGACAUUGCGCUCAUUUGUGACCACACCCUCAAGGAGCUGUAUCGGCAGCGUGCCAUGGAAGACACUUCUCUCUCUGCUGCCGAGCGCCGUGCCCUCGAGACAGGCAUCAACGCACGCGUGAAGCAGGACAUUAUGGCCAUCUUUGCGAACAAGACGCUGAACCAGCUGCUGGAGCUCGAGCGGCACAUCAAGACGAAACUCAAGUCCAAGGAGACGCUGGAUGUCGGGUAUUGGGAGACGCUUCUUCGUCAACUCAAGGUUGAGUUUGCCAAGGCGCGUCUUCGCGAGAAGCACAAGGAGCUGCUGCAACACAAGCUGCGCAUUCUGUACAAGCAGCAGACGGAGGCGGCGGAGGAGGAUGUUGUGUCUGGACAGCGCGGCGUGGAAGGACAGCAGCAAGGACAGGAGGGCGAGGAGGAAGUGGACCUGUUUGCCGACGAGCUUUCCGAAGCGGACAAGGGCGCCUCUACCCGGGCGUUUAGUCCGGUGCCGUUUGAGGUUCCAUUGGAGGAGGAUGAUGAUGAUCGGUUGAUGGCGAAAUACGCAGCAAGUGCUGUCGUGACGCAACAGCAGAUGGACGCGCAGGACCUUGUCUUGCGUAAGGUGGUGCUGAUGAUGAUCAAGGCAGGGCGCCAGGGCGAGCUCCAUCCAGACUUUUGCAAGAACCAGCUUGCGCGCGGGCUGUCCACGCGGGAGCAGGAGUUCCUUGCCAAGGCGCGCGCUCAGAACGAGGCCGACGAGGAUGAGGAGCAAGAGACGUUCGCCGACGAGCUCGACCUUGAGGGAAGCGGGGACUACCUCUGGCGGGACAAGUACCGACCGCGCAAACCGCGCUACUUCAACCGCGUGUUUACGGGUUUCGACUGGAACGAGUAUAACCGCACCCACUACGACAAGCAGAACCCACCGCCCAAGAUGGUGCAAGGUUACAAGUUCAACAUCUUCUAUCCAGAUCUCAUUGACAAGUCGCAGACACCGACGUUUACGAUUGAGAAGCUUCCAAACGAGCCUGGUUUCUGCAUGAUUCGCUUCCACGCCGGCCCGCCGUAUGAGGACGUGGCGUUCAAGGUCAUCGACAACCCCUGGCUCCACGGGCGCAAGUCCGGAUACAGGUGCCAGUUUACACAUCACAACGUGUUUGAGCUCUACUUCCGAUUCCGUCGCCGUCGCUAUCGCCGCUGA